AUGCUGUGGAUGGAUGUGCUUCCGGAAUUGCAAAACUUCGCGUUCAGUUCGGGAUUCGAUCUCGAAUGGAUUGAUCCACUCAGUGAAAAAGGCAAACUCAACGAGGAAAUGCUCCAACAGAUGAUGGACGACAUUCUGGGAGAGAGUAGUUGGCUAAUUUGUAUUCUCGGUGACAAAUAUGGUUCAGUUGGACCACCCGUGAGGAUUCCGAAGGGAGAAUUCGAUGCGAUUCGAGCUGCCGUUUUCGAGCAAAGUGCUGAGUUGAAGCUUCUGGAUCAGCACUACGUUUUGGAUCGAAGUAGUAGUGAGGACGAAUAUCGACUGAAUACGUACCUCGAGGACAACAAACAGCGAGCAAAGCUCUCCAAAGUCCUGCAAAAAGGAGCACAAAAUGUGAGUACAGUAGAUGAACUCGCUGCAGUAUGUUCCACUAGGGAGGGUGAGCAGGAAAUGCACAAGGAAGUAACUUCAAACCAGUGA